CUCACUCACUCUCACUCGUCACUCUCUCUCAUAGAGCUCACUGUUCAGUGCCACUGCCACUGCCCAUAUAAUUUAUAGUAAGACAUUUAUAGUGGCUACACUCUCUAAUAACUAUUCUCUGCCUCCAAUUUCCAACCCCACAUUGUUCCUCCCAUUUUGCAAAGCUUAAUAACUCAGAUUUAUCAGUACUUUGACUACUUUCUUAGCUCCUUUUUUUUUUGUUUUUGUUUUUGUUUUAUCUCAGUGAAAGAGAGCAGCUUUUAUUGAGCUUUUUACUCAUUAUUGAUGCUGGUAUUGAUUAUGAAUGCAGGUAAUCUGUUUGAUAAUAUUGCUGUGGGUAGUAGUUGCCUCUGGACAAUCAGAUUUGGCAGCACUGUUGGAGCUAAAGAAGGGCUUUGUAAAAGACCCAUCUGGAAAAGUGCUUGCUUCAUGGAUUUCUAAGUCCUCGGAUUCUAAUGGGUGCCCUCUAAAUUGGUAUGGGAUUACUUGCAGUAGUGAUAACCAUGUGACAUCAAUUACUCUCAAUGGUGUGGGUCUGGUGGGUGAGUUUAGCUUCUCAGCUAUCUCUGGCCUUGGUAUGCUUACCAACUUGUCCAUUUCCAACAACCAGUUCACAGGGACUAUUUCCAUGAUUGGUUCAAUUCAGUCCCUUCAAUAUUUGGAUGUUUCAGGCAAUAUGUUUCGAGGGUCAAUACCCUCUGCAUUGUUCAAUUUGAACAACUUGGUGUAUUUGAAUCUUUCUUCAAACCAAUUUGAAGGCAAAGCUGGUGCUGGUUUUGGCAAACUAGAAAAGUUGAAGUAUUUAGAUUUGCAAGCAAAUGGCUUUUCUGGGGAUAUAAUGCAGCUUUUGUCCCAAAUAGGUAGUGUGGUCCAUGUGGACCUAAGCAGCAAUCAGUUUUCUGGUUCAUUGGAUCUGGGACUUGGGAGCACCUCUUUCGUCUCCUCCAUUCAGUAUUUGAAUAUUAGCCACAAUUCCUUGGUUGGUGAGCCAUUUGCUCAUGAUGGAUUGUCAUUUUUGGAUAGUUUAGAGGUGUUUGAUGCUAGUCAUAAUCAGCUUGUGGGGUCUGUACCUUCCUUCAGUUUUGUGGUCUCUCUACGUGUUCUUCGCCUUGGAAGCAACCAAUUUACAGGCUCUCUACCUGAAGCUCUUAUCCAGGAGAGUUCAAUGGUCUUGUCUGAGUUGGAUCUUAGUCUUAACCAGCUCCAAGGUCCAGUGGGAAGUAUCACCUCUGCAAAUUUAAAGAAGCUUAAUUUAUCUUCAAACAAACUGACCGGAUCCUUACCUGCCAUGGUAGGCCACUGUGCCAUCGUAGAUCUGAGUAAUAAUAUGCUCUCAGGUAACUUGUCCAGAAUCCAAAGUUGGGGUAAUUAUGUUGAAGUUAUUCAGUUAAGCUCAAACUCAUUGACAGGAAACUUUCCGAACCAAACUUCUCAAUUUUUGAGGCUGAAUUCGCUUGAGAUAUCUAACAACUUGUUAGUGGGUGAUCUCCCUCCAGUAUUGGGUACUUACCCAGAACUAAAAGUGAUUGAUCUUAGCCUCAACCAGCUUAAUGGAGCCCUCCUUCCAAGCUUGUUCACUUUAACCAAUUUGGCUAGCCUUAACUUAUCAGGCAACAAAUUUUCUGGAUCAAUACCUCUUGAAGAAAUUGGAAAUAUUACUUCAAUAGGUUCUGUGGUAGAUUUGAGCCUGGUGUCUCUUGAUCUGUCCAAAAACUCAUUGAGUGGCCAUUUGCCCCCAGGGAUAAGUAAGUUUAAAAACUUGGAAUAUCUUGAUUUAUCUAAAAACAACUUAGAUGGUAGCAUCCCUGAUGACCUUACAGAUAAAUUGAAUGCAUUCAAUGUGUCAUUUAAUAAUUUCUCUGGUCUUGUACCUGAAAACUUAAGACGGUUCCCUGAGUCAGCAUUCCAUCCAGGAAAUUCCUUGCUCAUUUUUCCUUAUUCACCAUCACCUCCGAAUGGUAUUCCCAACUUGACUCCAAGGGAACACAGGUCUCAUAUGACAACUGCUGUUAGAAUUGCCCUGAUUGCAGGUUUGGUUGGUGGCACUGCUGUGAUAUCUCUUAUGUGCAUAUUGAUAUAUUGUAGAACCCACUGGCAGGAAUAUAGGAGAAGCAGUUCAUUAGAAAAUGGUGCAAAGAAAAGUGUUGCACAAGGGAGUUCCUCUAUUUCUCAUAGAUCAGGAACCAACAAAAAUGUGGACCCAUCAUUAGGUUCAUUUAGAUUUGAUCAAGAUACAUUAUCAUCAUCCCAACUGGGAUCUGCACAUGUUGCUGGUGACACUUCAUCAGUUGUAAAGAAGCCUAAAAAUCUUGGGCAUCCAGAAUCAGGAAAAUAUGAGGCAGGAGUAUCUUCUCCUAUGUCUCUUAUUUCAUCUUCAAAUCCAUCACCUUCUAACAACCAACAACUACCUGAUAAUCCUGGCAUGCUCAAAGUUUGUUCCCCAGAUAAAUUAGCUGGGGAUUUACAUCUCUUUGAUAGUUCCUUUCUAUUUAAAGCAGAAGAACUUUCUUGUGCUCCAGCAGAAGCCAUUGGAAACAGUUGUCACGGAACAUUGUACAAAGCUACACUUGACACUGGUCAUAUAUUGGCUGUUAAAUGGUUAAGGGAGGGAAUAGUGAAAGGAAGGAAGGAAUUUUCAAGGGAAGUGAAGAAACUUGGGAACAUCAAACAUCCAAAUUUAGUUUCUGUGCAGGGUUACUACUGGGGCCCAAAGGAGCAUGAGAAACUGAUAAUAUCAAAUUAUAUCAAUGCACAGUCUCUGGCAAUACAUCUUCAUGAGGUGGAGCCAAGAAAACUGUCACCCUUGUCCCUUGGUGAACGGCUUCAGGUUGCUGUAGAUGUGGCUCAAUGUCUGAACUUCCUACAUAACGAGAAAGCAAUACCCCAUGGAAACCUCAAAUCCACAAACAUUUUAUUGGAAACUCCUAAUCUAAAUGUACUCCUCACUGAUUACAGUCUACAUCGAAUAUUGACUCCAGCAGGAACAGCCGAGCAAGUUCUAAAUGCAGGUGCCCUUGGCUAUCUCCCUCCUGAGUUUGCUAGCUCAAGUAAACCGAGCCCAUCAUUAAAGAGUGACGUCUAUGCAUUUGGAGUUAUCUUGUUAGAGCUUCUGACUGGUAAAAGUUCUGGGCAGGUAGUCUCUGGGAUCCCAGCUGUGGUUGGUCUAACUGACUGGGUGAGGUUAUUGGCAAGAGAAAAUCGUUCUGUUGAGUGCUUUGACAGGCUGAUUCUUGACAGGAACAAAGUGGAGCACCCUCCUAGAGUUCUUGAUCAUAUGCUACAUGUGGCUCUAAGGUGCAUCCUUCCUGCAUCUGAGAGGCCUGACAUGAAAACAGUUUUUGAAGAUCUUUCUGGGGUGAUGCAGUAGAAGAUGCCACCAGUUAAAACAGCUUUAACUGUUAUUGGCACUCACACCAAUUAUUAGUUGGUUCUUUUCCUAAAUUGAUUUUCUUCUCUGUUGUCUUUAAUUAUUUUAACUGUUUUUUUUUUUUUUUUUUGUGUGAAUAGUAACGUGAAUGACAACUCUAGAUAGGUUUUUAACAGCUUGAGGCUAGGUCAUUCUUUCCACACCCAAAUUGGGAAUGUAAUUUCAUUCUUGAAUUCAAGUAGUGUUAAUUUUUCAUUAUGGAAAUAACCUUGCAAGAGGUUUUGUUCA